CACCAAUACUGAAGUGAGAGCGUGAGUCGGGGAGCGGUUCGGGUGACGAGUUCGGGGUUCUGCCACUCCCUGAGGCUGGGGGCCAGAAAGGGGAGCCCGGGUACCUUCCAGAGCGUGAGACCCAGCGCCCCUCUCCCGCUGCCCGCAGGCUUUCGUCCCCGCCAUGGCUGAACUAAUCCAGAAGAAGCUGCAGGGGGAAGUGGAGAAAUAUCAACAGCUGCAGAAGGACUUGAGUAAAUCCAUGUCAGGGAGGCAGAAACUAGAGGCACAGCUAACAGAAAAUAAUAUCGUGAAGGAGGAACUGGCCCUGCUGGAUGGGUCCAACGUGGUGUUUAAACUUCUGGGGCCCGUGUUGGUCAAACAGGAGCUGGGGGAAGCUCGGGCCACAGUGGGGAAAAGGCUGGACUACAUCACAGCUGAGAUUAAGCGGUAUGAAUCCCAGCUCCGAGACCUAGAGCAGCAGUCAGAACAACAGAGGGAGACCCUGGCUCAGCUGCAGCAGGAGUUUCAGCGGGCGCAGGCGGCAAAGGCAGGGGCUCCUGGGAAAGCCUGACCCUGUCCUGGGGGGUGGGGGAGGGGAGGAAUGCGGCAGCUCUAGGGUCUAUACUGUAGCUAAUAAAAUGUGAAAAUACCUGGCGUGUUCUGA